AUGACUAGGAUGUUUGAACAGCAGAUGGGUAAAAGUGUUGAAAUGUAUAUAGAUGACAUGGUGGUAAAGAGCAAAUUGGUGGACGACCACAUCAGAGACCUCGGCGAAGUCUUUCAAAUUCUGAGAAAGUACAAGCUACGACUGAACGCAUCCAAAUGUUCAUUUGGGGUGGGAUCAGGAAAAUUCUUAGGCUAUAUGGUGACCCACAGAGGAAUAGAAGUUAACCCUGACCAAAUAAGAGCCAUUCAUAGCCUGCAACCUCCUCGGAAUCCCAAAGAGGUUCAAAAGCUCACCGGCAUGAUAGCUGCUUUAAACCGUUUCAUCUCCCGCUCAGCGGACAGAUGCAGGCCUUUCUUCCUCCUAUUGCACAAGUGGAAGGUCUUCGAGUGGAUUGAGGAGUGUGCUUUAGCUUUCCAACAGCUCAAGGAAUACCUCGCUCGACUACCGAUUAUGUCCAGUCCCGAUGCCGACGAGGUGUUGUUCGCCUACAUAGCAGUAACCUCUCAUGUAGUGAGCUUAGUGCUAAUCCGUGAAGACAACGGCACGCAGCGACCCGUCUAUUAUGUGAACAAAUCGAUGCAGGAGGCAGAGACCCGGUAUCUCCCCCUCGAAAAAGCUAUCUUGGCCGUCGUACAAGCCACGCGGAAGCUCCCUCACUAUUUUCAGGCACAUACAGUAGUUGUGCUAACUCAACUUCCGUUGAAAUCCGUCCUCCGCAACGCCGACUACACAGGUAGAAUUGCAAAAUGGGGAACGAUCCUGGGCGCCUUCGACAUUAGAUACAUGCCUCGCACUGCCAUAAAAGGUCAGGUCCUCACCGAUCUAGUAGCUGAAUUUGCAGAGCCCACCCUAGAAGGAAUGGAAGUGUCGGGAUCACCAAGUGCUAGUGAGAAACUGAUCAGCACAGUCUCUCAGCAUGAACACAAUUGGUGGAAAGCACACAUCAAUGGUGCAGCGAACCAAAGGGGCUCAGGGGUGGGGCUCAUUCUAGUCUCUCCCGAAGGGAUAACCAUAGAAAAGUCGUUGAGGCUCGGAUUCUCGGCCACGAAUAACGAAGCCGAGUAUGAGGCGCUAUUGGAGGGGAUGUCAAUGAUCCGGAAAUUGGGUGGGAAAUUCGUAAAUAUGUUCUCGGAUUCGAGACUCAUCGUGGGACAAGCAAACGGGGAGUUGGAGGAGAAGGAUGAAAGAAUGAGUGGGAACACCCAUACUGAUUCUCUCACAACGCUGGCCACCUCCUCGGCUCAGCCCCUUCCGCAAGUUAUUUUAGUUGAAGAUCUCUACCGCCCAACAACAGAGAAGGCCAACGGAAUUCGGGUACACAACGUCGGGGCAGGACCUAGCUGGAUGGACCCUCUGGUGCUGUUUUUAAAGCACAACACCUUGCCAGACGAUAAGGUUGAGGCCGACAAAAUCAGGAGGAAAGCUUCUCGAUUCUGGCUGUCAGAGGACUCCAAACUUUACCGACGCUCGUUCUCGGGGCCAUACCUGCUGUGUGUGCACCCAGAGGCUACUGAACUCAUCCUGGUGGAGUUACAUGAAGGGAUUUGCGGAAGUCAUACGGGGGGUAGGUCUCUAUCCUACAGGGCCAUGACGCUGGGUUAUUGGUGGCCGAGCAUGCAUAAAGAGGCUCUGGAAUAUGUGAAGAAGUGCGACCAGUGCCAAAGGUACGGGACCCCGCACACCCUGAUCUCGGACAACAGCCUCCAGUUUGACAGCAAAACCUUCAGAAAAUACUGUAAUGAGCUGGGAAUUAUCAAUCGAUACUCCACACCGGCCUACCCACAGGGUAAUGGACAGGCGGAAGCCAUCAAUAAAACCAUAGUGAAUGGGCUGAAAAAGAGGUUGGACGAUGCGAAAGGGAGGUGGGUUGAAGAGUUAGCCCACGUCUUGUGGACAUACCGCACCACGCCUCGCAGGUCCACGAGAGAAACCCCCUUUUCAAUGACCUACGGAGCCGAGACUGUCAUCCCACUGGAGUUAAACUUCCCAACACAGAGGACUACUGCCUUCAGCCCCAUUGCUAAUAACAAACUUCUAGAAAAAAGCUUGGACCUCCAAGAAGAAAAAAGGGAAAGUGCAAUAGUCCACCUAGCAUACUAUCAGCAAAAGCUCAAACAGGGUUACGACGCCAAGGUGAAGUCAAGGCCAUUGGCGCCCGGGGAUCUAGUACCGAGGAAGGUCCUGGGCACCGCGAGGAACCCUGCAUGGGGAAAGCUUGGACCAAACUGGGAAGGCCCAUACCGUAUCACUUCCGUAGCCGGCAUAGGAGCCUACUUUUUGGAAGAUUUGGAUGAACAUGUAGUGCCACGCCCUUGA